GACGCAUCCAUUCUCACUCAGUUUUUCACUUUUUCCCACUCUCUUCGAUCCACUGGGAGAGAGAGAUCGAGAGAAGUUCCCCUUUCCAAAUUUCCCUAUGUGGGGAAACCCUCACUUUUUCAAUUCUCCACCGCUACUCAAUUUCUGCAGAAUCACAAAUUUGAAUUUCGAGAAAAUCUCGUUUUGACGAAUCGAGGUUUUAUUGCUAGGGUUUUUAGGGUUUUAGUUCACUAGAAAAGCAUGUACAACAACAGCGGGCAGGAUAUGUGGAACAACAGUAUGAGUAAUCCAGCGCCGCCAGGGACGAGCGGGAGCGGCGGCGCCGGAGCCAUGCCGCCUAUGGCUCCUCCCGGAACUAGUGGUGUGCAACCUGUUCCGCCUCCACUUGCGACAGUGCCGCCGUCUUACACAGUUGUGCCGAGUGAGUCGCAACUUGACGAGCGAGCGAGGAAGUGGAUGCAGCUCAACACGAAGCGGUACAGUGAUAAGAGGAAGUUCGGAUUCGUGGAGACGCAGAAGGAGGAUAUGCCUCCCGAACAUGUUCGAAAAAUCAUUCGGGAUCAUGGUGAUAUGUCAUCUAAGAAAUAUAGACACGAUAAGCGUGUUUAUUUGGGAGCGCUUAAAUUUGUACCACAUGCUGUGUACAAACUUCUUGAAAAUAUGCCCAUGCCGUGGGAACAGGUUCGUGAAGUGAAGGUUCUCUACCAUAUCACUGGGGCUAUUACAUUUGUAAAUGAGAUACCAUGGGUUGUCGAACCAAUCUAUUUGGCACAGUGGGGUACUAUGUGGAUUAUGAUGCGAAGAGAGAAGAGAGACAGACGGCAUUUCAAGAGAAUGCGUUUUCCACCUUUUGAUGAUGAAGAGCCUCCACUGGAUUAUGCUGAUAAUCUCCUAGAUGUGGAUCCUUUGGAGCCAAUCCAGUUGGAGAUGGAUGAGGAAGAAGAUUCGGCUGUUUAUACUUGGUUCUAUGACCAUAAACCUCUAGUGAAGACAAAGCUUAUAAAUGGACCCAGCUACAGGAAAUGGCAUCUCUCGCUUCCGAUUAUGGCAACACUUCAUCGGCUUGCUGGACAGCUGCUCUCUGAUUUGAUUGAUCGUAAUUACUUUUACCUUUUUGACAUGGAGUCGUUCUUCACAGCCAAAGCCCUGAACAUGUGUAUACCUGGGGGUCCUAAAUUUGAGCCUCUAUAUCGUGACAUGGAGAAAGGAGACGAGGACUGGAAUGAAUUUAACGACAUCAACAAACUUAUCAUCCGUUCACCUCUCAGGACAGAGUACAGGAUUGCGUUCCCUCAUCUUUAUAAUAAUAGGCCCAGGAAAGUAAGGCUUAGUAUCUAUCACACUCCAAUGGUGAUGUACAUAAAAACUGAGGAUCCUGAUUUACCCGCAUUCUAUUAUGAUCCUCUAAUUCACCCAAUAACAAGUACAAAUAAAGAUAGACGCGAUAAGAAAAUCUACGAAGAAGAUGAUGAUGAUGAUUUCGUCUUGCCCGAGGGAGUUGAACCAUUACUGACCAGCACUCCUAUAUAUACCGACACUACUGCUGCUGGAGUCUCGUUGUUGUUUGCCCCACGGCCCUUCAACAUGCGAUCUGGUCGGAUGAGGCGUGCUGAAGAUAUACCGCUCGUGUCUGAGUGGUACAAGGAGCACUGUCCUCCAUCGUACCCUGUCAAAGUUCGCGUUAGUUACCAAAAACUGUUGAAAUGCUUUGUGCUGAAUGAGUUGCACCACCGUCCACCAAAGGCUCAGAAGAAGAAACACCUGUUUAGGUCCCUUCAAGCUACGAAGUUUUUCCAGACUACUGAACUUGAUUGGGCCGAAGCAGGUCUUCAAGUUUGUAAGCAAGGUUACAAUAUGCUGAACCUGCUAAUCCAUAGGAAAAAUUUGAACUACCUCCAUCUUGAUUACAAUUUCAACUUGAAGCCCGUGAAGACCCUAACCACUAAGGAACGCAAAAAAUCUCGGUUUGGCAAUGCCUUCCAUCUUUGUCGUGAAAUUCUGCGUUUGACGAAGCUUGUCGUUGAUGCAAAUAUCCAGUUCCGUUUGGGAAAUGUGGACGCGUUUCAGUUGGCUGAUGGGUUGCAAUACAUAUUUUCACAUGUUGGCCAGUUAACGGGUAUGUACCGUUACAAAUACAGGCUUAUGAGGCAGAUAAGAAUGUGCAAAGAUCUGAAGCACCUGAUAUACUACCGAUUCAAUACCGGGCCUGUUGGGAAAGGACCUGGAUGUGGUUUUUGGGCACCUAUGUGGAGAGUAUGGUUGUUCUUUCUUCGUGGUAUAGUUCCUCUGCUUGAAAGGUGGUUGGGGAACUUACUUGCCAGGCAAUUUGAAGGACGGCAUUCAAAAGGAGUUGCUAAAACUGUGACGAAGCAGCGUGUUGAAAGUCACUUUGACUUGGAGCUUCGUGCUGCUGUUAUGCAUGAUGUCCUUGAUGCAAUGCCAGAGGGUAUUAAGGCAAAUAAAGCAAGAACUAUCUUGCAGCAUUUGAGUGAAGCAUGGCGUUGCUGGAAAGCAAAUAUUCCUUGGAAGGUUCCUGGUUUGCCAGUUCCCAUUGAGAACAUGAUACUUCGUUAUGUCAAAUCAAAAGCUGAUUGGUGGACAAAUGUUGCUCACUAUAAUCGUGAACGUAUUAGAAGGGGAGCAACAGUUGACAAGACCGUCUGUCGAAAGAAUCUUGGAAGAUUGACCCGUCUUUGGUUGAAGGCAGAACAGGAACGCCAGCACAACUAUUUAAAGGAUGGCCCGUAUGUGACACCAGAAGAAGCAGUGGCCAUAUACACGACCACUGUGCAUUGGCUAGAAUCUAGAAAAUUCUCUCCUAUUCCUUUUCCUCCUCUGUCUUACAAGCACGAUACAAAGCUUCUCAUUCUUGCUCUGGAAAGGCUGAAGGAGUCCUACAGUGUGGCCGUCCGGUUAAACCAGCUUCAAAGAGAAGAGUUGGGUCUGAUUGAGCAGGCUUAUGAUAAUCCACAUGAAGCGCUGUCGCGCAUUAAGCGACAUUUGCUUACACAGCGAGCCUUCAAAGAAGUCGGCAUCGAGUUCAUGGAUUUAUACAGCUAUCUGAUUCCUGUUUAUGAGAUUGAACCUCUUGAGAAGAUAACUGAUGCAUAUUUGGAUCAGUACUUGUGGUAUGAAGGUGAUAAAAGGCACCUGUUUCCAAAUUGGAUUAAGCCAGCAGAUUCUGAACCACCACCAUUGCUGGUGUACAAAUGGUGUCAGGGCAUAAACAACUUACAGGGUGUAUGGGACACUGGUGAUGGCCAGUGUGUCGUGAUGCUUCAGACUAAAUUUGAGAAAUUCUUUGAAAAGAUUGAUCUAACCAUGCUCAACAGGCUUCUGCGUUUGGUUCUUGAUCAUAACAUUGCUGAUUAUGUGACUGCUAAAAAUAACGUUGUCUUAUCAUACAAGGAUAUGAGUCACACAAAUUCUUAUGGGCUCAUACGUGGUCUACAGUUUGCUUCAUUCGUUGUGCAGUACUAUGGGCUUGUCCUGGAUCUUCUGCUGCUUGGUCUUACCCGAGCCAGUGAAAUAGCUGGUCCACCACAGAUGCCUAAUGAGUUCAUUACUUUCCAUGACACUAGGGUGGAAACACGUCAUCCUAUCCGUCUCUACUCUAGAUACAUUGAGAAGGUGCAUAUUUUGUUCCGCUUCACUCACGAGGAAGCUCGUGACCUUAUUCAGCGCUAUCUUACAGAACAUCCAGAUCCCAACAAUGAAAACAUGGUUGGUUAUAACAAUAAGAAGUGCUGGCCACGAGAUGCUAGAAUGCGUCUAAUGAAGCAUGAUGUGAAUCUUGGUAGAAGUGUUUUCUGGGAUAUGAAGAACCGUCUUCCACGAAGUAUCACCACACUCGAAUGGGAGAAUGGUUUUGUAUCUGUCUACAGCAAAGACAACCCGAACUUGCUGUUCAGCAUGUCUGGUUUCGAAGUACGUAUACUUCCCAAGAUAAGGAUGACUCAAGAGGCAUUCAGCAAUACACGGGAUGGAGUUUGGAAUCUUCAAAAUGAGCAAACAAAAGAACGUACUGCAGUUGCUUUCCUCCGAGUAGAUGAUGAACACAUGAAGGUGUUUGAAAACCGAGUUAGACAGAUUCUCAUGUCCUCAGGUUCAACAACAUUCACAAAAAUCGUCAACAAAUGGAAUACCGCUCUUAUAGGUCUUAUGACAUAUUUCCGUGAAGCAACUGUGCACACGCAGGAGUUGUUGGAUCUUCUGGUAAAAUGUGAAAAUAAAAUACAGACUCGUAUAAAGAUUGGGUUGAAUUCAAAGAUGCCUAGCAGGUUCCCUCCUGUCAUCUUUUACACACCAAAAGAAAUCGGAGGGCUUGGAAUGCUGUCAAUGGGUCAUAUAUUGAUUCCCCAGAGUGACCUUCGGUAUAGUAAACAGACAGAUGUUGGUGUGACACAUUUUAGAAGUGGAAUGAGUCAUGAAGAGGAUCAAUUGAUUCCGAAUCUGUAUCGAUACAUUCAGCCAUGGGAGAGUGAGUUUGUUGAUUCUCAACGUGUUUGGGCUGAAUAUGCAUUGAAGAGGCAGGAGGCACAAGCACAGAAUAGGCGAUUAACCCUGGAGGAUUUGGAAGAUUCAUGGGAUCGUGGGAUACCUCGUAUAAAUACUCUGUUUCAGAAGGACCGGCACACGCUUGCGUAUGACAAAGGAUGGCGAGUGAGGACAGAUUUUAAGCAAUAUCAGGUUCUGAAGCAAAAUCCAUUCUGGUGGACGCACCAGAGGCACGACGGGAAGCUGUGGAACUUGAACAAUUACCGAACUGAUGUUAUUCAAGCUUUGGGAGGAGUAGAAGGAAUUCUCGAACAUACCUUGUUCAAGGGAACAUACUUCCCGACGUGGGAGGGUCUCUUCUGGGAGAAGGCUUCAGGUUUUGAGGAGUCUAUGAAGUACAAGAAAUUGACUAAUGCUCAAAGAUCUGGACUGAAUCAAAUUCCCAAUAGGAGAUUUACCCUUUGGUGGUCACCUACUAUAAACAGAGCAAAUGUAUAUGUUGGUUUCCAAGUACAGCUGGAUCUCACUGGGAUUUUUAUGCAUGGAAAGAUUCCCACUCUGAAGAUAUCUCUGAUCCAGAUAUUCAGGGCUCACUUGUGGCAGAAAAUACAUGAGAGUGUGGUUAUGGAUCUUUGCCAGGUGUUGGACCAAGAGCUGGAUGCAUUGGAGAUUGAGACUGUACAGAAAGAAACUAUUCAUCCUAGGAAGAGUUACAAAAUGAACAGCUCAUGUGCUGACAUUCUGCUCUUUGCCGCACAUAGAUGGCCCAUGUCGAAGCCUAGUCUGGUGGCUGAGUCGAAGGACGUGUUUGACCAGAAGGCUAGUAACAAAUACUGGAUAGAUGUGCAACUUCGCUGGGGUGAUUAUGAUUCCCAUGAUAUUGAGAGAUACACAAGGGCAAAGUUUAUGGAUUACACAACAGACAACAUGUCAAUCUAUCCAUCACCAACUGGGGUUAUGAUUGGACUUGAUCUGGCUUAUAAUUUGCAUUCUGCAUUUGGAAAUUGGUUCCCUGGGUCAAAGCCAUUGCUUGCACAGGCCAUGAACAAAAUCAUGAAGUCAAAUCCUGCGUUAUAUGUUCUAAGAGAACGGAUAAGGAAAGGGCUACAGCUGUAUUCUUCUGAACCCACAGAGCCAUAUUUAUCAUCUCAGAACUAUGGGGAGAUAUUCAGCAACCAGAUCAUCUGGUUUGUGGAUGACACAAAUGUGUAUCGAGUCACAAUACACAAGACAUUUGAAGGAAAUCUCACAACCAAACCUAUUAAUGGUGCCAUUUUCAUAUUCAAUCCAAGAACUGGUCAACUGUUUCUAAAGGUUAUUCACACAAGUGUAUGGGCCGGGCAAAAACGUCUUGGUCAGCUGGCCAAGUGGAAAACUGCUGAAGAAGUGGCUGCUCUGGUCCGGUCAUUGCCUGUUGAGGAACAGCCGAAGCAAAUCAUUGUGACACGAAAGGGCAUGUUGGAUCCCCUAGAGGUGCACUUGCUCGAUUUCCCAAAUAUCGUGAUCAAAGGAAGUGAGCUACAAUUGCCAUUCCAGGCUUGCUUGAAGAUUGAGAAAUUUGGUGAUCUAAUAUUGAAGGCAACAGAACCACAAAUGGUCUUGUUCAAUAUAUACGAUGAUUGGUUGAAGACUAUCUCAUCGUACACAGCUUUCUCUAGGCUGAUAUUGAUUUUGCGAGCACUUCAUGUCAACAAUGAGAAGGCAAAGAUGUUGCUAAAGCCUGACAAGACGAUUGUUACCGAGCCCCACCACAUCUGGCCUUCUUUGUCCGAGGAUCAGUGGGUUAAGGUCGAAGUUGCUCUCAGAGAUUUGAUACUGUCUGACUAUGCGAAGAAGAACAAUGUGAACACAUCUGCUUUAACCCAGUCUGAGAUGCGUGAUAUAAUUCUUGGAGCUGAGAUUACCCCGCCUUCCCAACAGCGGCAACAAAUUGCUGAGAUAGAGAAACAGGCGAAGGAGGCUAGUCAACUCACAGCAGUCACCACAAAGACCACAAAUGUGCACGGAGAAGAAUUGAUUGUGACCACUACGAGUCCUUACGAACAAGCAGCAUUCGGGUCGAAAACUGACUGGCGUGUAAGAGCUAUAUCUGCCACCAAUCUCCAUCUUCGUGUCAAUCACAUAUACGUGAACUCGGAAGACAUUAAGGAAACGGGAUAUACUUAUAUCAUGCCCAAAAAUGUCUUGAAGAAGUUCAUAUGCAUAGCGGACCUGCGCACUCAGAUUGCAGGUUACCUUUACGGUGUAAGUCCACCAGACAAUCCACAGGUGAAGGAGAUCCGCUGUAUCGCCAUGCCACCUCAGUGGGGUACUCACCAGCAGGUUAAUCUUCCAUCAGCACUACCCGAACAUGAUUUCUUGAAUGACUUGGAGCCUCUAGGAUGGAUGCAUACUCAGCCAAAUGAACUUCCUCAGCUAUCACCACAGGAUCUUGCUGCUCAUGCUAAGGUCCUAUUUAACAACAAACAAUGGGAUGGAGAGAAAUGCAUAAUUCUGACGUGCAGUUUCACUCCCGGUUCUUGUUCUUUGACAGCAUAUAAGUUGACCCCAUCUGGAUACGAAUGGGGCAAGAGCAACACCGAUGCUGCAAGUAAUCCGCAUGGUUACCUCCCAACUUACUACGAGAAAGUUCAAAUGCUCUUGAGUGACCGUUUUCUUGGGUUCUAUAUGAUUCCUGAUAAUGGUCCUUGGAACUACAAUUUCAUGGGUGUGAAACAUACUCCUGGCAUGAGGUAUGGUGUGAAACUGGGGACUCCACGGGAGUACUAUCACGAGGACCAUCGGCCAACGCAUUUCUUGGAAUUCAGUAACUUGGAGGAAGGUGACACUGCCGAGGGUGAUAGGGAAGAUACCUUCACCUAAUCUGUUUCAGAUAUUCGUCUGUGUCUUUUUGAUUUUGUUACAACAAACCAUUUUAAGAAAGCAAUUUUCUCGACUCUGUCUUUUGUAAAUACGUGUAUUCGGAUGAGAUGUGUCUUGUUGUACCGAAGGAUGUGAAGCGCUCAACAUCGCUUAUCGGCUACUUGUGAAAACUAAGGUUGAAUCUGUAGCAUCGUUUUGAAAUAUACCGUAGCUAAAAGUGUUGUCCGUUAUUGGACUUUCUUGUCAGGUUAUGUUUACAGUUCUGUUCUGCGAUAUCUGGUGACUGCGUCCUAUAUUAGAAGUUUAUUGAUUAGUUUUA